AAAACCAUCUAUCCCUCCCAUCACCCAAACCUCUUUCGGAUAACGAAGGAACUUUCCCGAUUUCCCCUGCCAAUCGCCAUCAAAUCUACGUGUACGUAUAUACGUAUUCAACCCUCGUGAUCUCAAGAUAUUUCGACAUCUGGGUCCUCACCAUAUCCAGUUUCUGAUUUUCUUUUUUUAGGGCUUUUAAAGUGGUGAUCUAAAGCUAUUUUGUGGAGUGUUUGAAAGCGAUUGAUCAAAUUAACUUGUGGCUUGUAUUCACUGUUGCGAUUGAUCAAUUUGAUUAUUUAGCAAGUGGGAUUUCACUGUUGUGAUUGAUUUUGUGGUGGCAGUGUUUGUUCUUCGAGCUUAUUUUCCAUGAGAAUUAAGCUCACAGAAACAUGGAGAAUAUAAAUGGAGGAAUCAAGAACAACCUUCAAAUCAUAAAAUAUCCUACUUACAAACCGUACACGAAACCGCGACUAUCUUGGUUUGAUAUACGCGUGUUCUAUGUUCGCAUCAGCAACUUUGACAGUUACACUCCUGAAUAUCUCACUCUCAGCCACAUUCCGUUAGACCCCGACACGAUUCUCGAAGUCAACAAUAAAAGAUGCACCCUCGACUCACCGGGAAGUUCAUGCCGUUUGAAACGAAACCGCGUGGACAAAAAGUUCGAAGAAGCUACAUUUGUGAGCACAGACAGUAUAAGAUUAUCAGGAAGCGUUAAGUUCGAGGUUUUCGACGGUGAAGAUUUGAUUCUUUCUGGGACAUUGGAGAUGUGUAAGAAUAGUAGUGAUUUUGUUGGUAAACCGAAGAAUAAUAAUAAUGUUAAGAGAUGGAGUAUGACAUGUGAAUCGAUGAUUGGGCCGAACACUCGGGUUUUGAAGGGGAAACAUUUGAUGGGAUGUGACUCGAUGCCGCCGAUGAUUGAAGUUUAUGUUGCGGGUUCGUUUUCGGGUGAACCUGUGAUUUUGACCAAGGCGUUGCAGGUUGGUCUCAGAAAGAAGCAAAAUCGAAAAGGGGUGUUGGAUUCGAUUCCCGAGGGUGAUUUGACUGAACACAAGAAAGAUGUUGCAUCUGGACUUGAUCUUCAGGAAGCAGAAUAUGGACCUUACAAGACUGAAAAUGAGUAUGAUUGCAAUAAUAGCCUGGCGCAUUGGAGGCAAAAUGAGUACAUGGAAGGCGAAGAUGGAGAGCUCACAUGGUUUAAUGCUGGUGUGAGGGUCGGUGUCGGUUUAGGCCUCGGAAUUUGCCUCGGCGUUGGAAUCGGAGUCGGAAUCGCUCAUCGCGCAGCAAGCAGUGUUGACGGCAGAACCGUCCUUGGUCACUCCUCCUAGUCAGGGGGUGCGCCAAAUGCCACCA